GGGUAGGCUCGCCGCUGAUUUACAUGAUAACCAAUAAUAAAGGAGUAACAAACACGCUGAACGUGUUCCUGUUGGAAAAGACGAGGCGAAGACGCACAUUUUUUUCGGGGGGGGGGGAAGCAGAGGAUUUGUGUGUGUUUUGGUGGUGAAAGGAUAGUGACAGCGCUGAAAGCAGAAGACGGUGGAUUGUCCUCUCAGCCAUCUUGACUGCCGCUCGCCUCGCCGCACUGAAGGCUGUCUCCUCCUGCUCCAUUCAAAGUAAACACAGCCGUGCUCGCCACUCGCAAGUCCAUGCAAGCUCUACGGAGACGCGAGAUGGGCUCGCUGCGUGGAAUUUGACCGGACUGAAGCCGGGGGGUGGAGGAUUUACGGCAGUAUUUUCGAGCAGGUAAAAAAAAAAAGAAAAAGCGUAAGCAAAGGAGUCGAGAGGCGCCACUGCUUGGAGAGAUGGAACCAGACCUGUUUGGGAUUUACCUGCUCCUCUCUCUCGCCCUCCUGCCCAGAUCCAGCUGCACCACCGCUAAGGAGAUCACCUGCCAGGAAAUAGCCGUGCCCCUGUGUAAAGGCAUCGGCUACAAUUACACUUACAUGCCCAACCAAUUCAACCACGACACACAGGACGAAGCGGGCUUGGAAGUCCAUCAGUUCUGGCCUCUGGUGGAGAUCCAGUGCUCUCCCGAUCUCAAGUUCUUUCUGUGCAGCAUGUACACGCCGAUCUGUCUGGAGGACUACAAAAAGCCGCUGCCGCCAUGCAGGAGUGUGUGCGAGAGAGCCCGGGCCGGCUGCGCGCCCCUCAUGAGGCAGUAUGGCUUUCCUUGGCCGGACCGCAUGAAAUGUGAUCUGCUGCCGGUGCAAGGUAACCCCGACACGCUUUGUAUGGACUAUAACAGAACGGACUCGACAACCGUGUCGCCCGUCCUCCCCAAGCCCACCGACCAUCCGGCGAAGGGCUUCAACCCUCCCAAAAUCAAGCCAGGUAGACCCAGUCCGCCGAGGAAGUACAAGCCGGCCGCGGGCUCCUGUGAGCCAGGAUGUAAAUGUCUGGAGCCCAUGGUGCCCGUCAACACGGAGCGCCACCCGCUGUACAACCGCGUGAAAACUGGCCAGAUUACCAACUGUGCCAUGCCUUGCCACAGCCCCUAUUUCACCCACGACGAGAGGGCUUUCACCGCCUUCUGGAUCGGCCUUUGGUCCGUGCUGUGCUUCGUGUCAACUUUUGCCACAGUUGCCACCUUCCUCAUAGACAUGGAGCGCUUCAAGUAUCCCGAGAGGCCCAUCAUCUUCCUCUCCGCCUGCUACAUGUUCGUGUCAGUCGGCUACAUCGUCAGGCUCAUCGCCGGCCACGAGAAGGUGGCUUGCAGCAGGGACUUGGACGUUGAGCACAUCCACUACGAGACCACCGGACCUGCGCUGUGCACGGUGGUCUUCCUCCUUAUUUACUUCUUCGGCAUGGCCAGCUCCAUCUGGUGGGUCAUCCUGUCUCUGACUUGGUUCCUCGCAGCUGGGAUGAAGUGGGGCAAUGAAGCCAUUGCCAAUUAUUCCCAGUACUUCCAUCUUGCAGCGUGGCUCAUCCCCAGCAUGAAGUCCAUAGCGGUCCUGGCUCUGAGUUCUGUGGACGGGGACUCUGUGGCCGGGAUCUGCUACGUGGGCAACCAGAACCUCGACAACCUGCGUGGCUUUGUCCUCGCACCUCUGGUGAUUUAUUUAUUCAUAGGCACCAUGUUCCUUUUGGCUGGAUUCGUGUCCCUAUUCAGAAUCCGCAAUGUCAUCAAGCAAGGUGGCACCAAGACUGAUAAACUUGAAAGGCUCAUGAUUAGAAUCGGGGUCUUCACGGUGCUCUACACGGUUCCGGCCACCGUCAUUGUGGCAUGUUACUUCUAUGAGCAGCACAAUCGGCAGAACUGGGAAAUAACCCACAACUGCUCCAAUUGUUUACACGAGAGGGACCGCAGCAGGCCGGACUACGCUGUCUUUAUGUUAAAGUACUUCAUGUGCCUUCUGGUGGGCAUCACAUCCGGAGUGUGGAUCUGGUCCGGCAAGACUUUGGACUCCUGGAGGACUUUCUGCACCAGGUGCUGUUGGGGUAGCAAGGCCACGAGUGGCUCCAUGUAUAGCGACGUGAGCACGGGCCUGACGUGGAGGUCGGGCACGGCCAGCUCUGUGUCUUGCCCCAAGCAGAUGCCAUUGUCGCAGGUUUGAAUAAAACAAAAAGAAAAGCAGAUUAUGGGGACUGCUAAUUGUUUGGGAGAUAACCCAUCACACCCUGUCUUAAGCAAUUUGCAUUGUAAUGAGCUGCUGCUGAGGUGCUGCCCUCCUUCCUCCCCAAACUGCGGGGAGAACAUUGAAACAAUGUCCCAGGCAUUCACACAGGUUUAAUUCCUCUCUGUUUAUAUGAAUUAGAGGCUCAUCUCCAAUUAUGGGGGCAUUACUUCUUGUAGCCAGUGCUUAACAAAUUUCAUACAAAGAGCAUUUUUUUAUUAACAACCAUUUUUUGUACCUAUCUUGUGCCAGAUAACGUUAAAAUGUCAGUCAUGUCAAAGAUGGUUUAAAGUAAGCCUUAAUAGUUCCACGGUGUUUUGUUUUGUCAACCCCCCCACACCCCAAGUCAUUCAUUUAGAAAUUUCAAAAAUGUAUUUAUAAAGAUUAUGUAAAUUUGUGUAUAAAAAGAAAAGUUUAUAACUAUUGUAUAUUUGUACAAAGUGUAGAUGUCUUUUUGUGGAAGAGCAAAAAAAUAUGACUUCUAUUUUGACAAUAAAACAUUUGAUAAAUUUAAAGCGAAGUAAUUUAGUUUUUUUUGUCUCUUGGUGAGCAUGCGUUUUGUGGUCAUCAUUUUAAGGAUGACAGCUUUUCAGGGUCCCCCAUCCCACCCCUUUCAAUCAUCAAAAAGUGGUAAUUAGAGGCAGGGGUUGAGUUGGAGCAUCUCCAUAAUUGUUAAAGUAUUCUUCACAUGCCUGCAGAAGCCUGCUUUCUUAAUUUAGUAAAAGGGGGACCGCCUAAAUGCAGGGAACGGUCCCUUUUCAUCUGCACAAACUUUGAUCUUUCUUUUCGAACAGUGCCGAAUAAAGGUGGUGUGUGUUAGGAGUGUCCGUCUGAUGUGCCAAGGUUCCCCUAAAUGUCCCCAUUUGGAGGCUUUGAUGGGCAUUCUACAAUUGAAAGAGCAUUUUGGAACCCUUUGCUUCUUGGGCGAUCGUCAGGACUGAAACCUGCCAGUGCCCUUGGAUCUCGUGUGUGUGUUUUUCCCUUCUCUUUUUCUGUGGGCCUGAAUUGAAACAUCUCUCCAUCGGGCUCAAGCUGUGUCAGCGAGUGCAGGGGCCUUGACAUGAAUGAUUCUGAAAUUGAAAAGAAAGAGCCACAGGUGGUCUGUUCACAUGAUCUCACAUCUUAGGAGCGUAUAAUUGAAGUCUUUUCUGCGACAAAUGUAUCUUGGUUUGGUCUUAAUUAAGCCUUCAAGCUUUUACAAGACGUUAUACAGUAACAUUGGUUAGAAAUGCAUUUCAUUAGCUAGUACAUAGUGACAGUGUGCUUGGUAGUGGCAGCUUUUCUGGGAGGCAAAAAUAGUUAAAUGUACAACUUUCCCUCCUUUCAUUAAAUCAUCAUACACUGUACUGUAUAUAUGCAUAAUUUGAACUGAACAUAAAUCUCAAGUUGCAAUAUUUAGGCUUCCACCAAAUAUUCACAUUUUCCAUCCACCUUGAACAUUGUUUAUUCUGGAGUUUACCUCCAAAAUCUCAGCCAAAUGAAGCACCAGCUACUAGUACCACCUAGCGGUCAAAGAGCUUUUGUACAUCUUGAAUUCUGCUCCAAAACUUCCUUUGCACACAGUACAGUAAUCACAUUGCCAUAAAUCACCUGCCCACCACAAAAGCAUGUGUGGUCUUGCAGUUGCACAUACACUGUAAUUAUCAACAUACUGGGUUUCCUACACUAGUUUGACAAGCCUUGCAGAUGCAGCUGUUUACGAGGGAAGGUCCGGGAGUGUUUUUAAGGUGCUUCACACAGUCCUGACUUGGUACUGGCUUCAGAUCAAAGGUCCUACUUCAUGUUACUAACAUUUUGCUUUUCAUAUUAGCAAUACAAAAUGGGUCAAAUAUUUGAAACUUAGUAUGACACCUCCCACAUUACAAAAAUAUGCAUGGCAGGUUAAUUAAAGACUCAAAAUUACCCAUUGAUUGAUUGAGCAGAGUGAAUGGUUGUUGGUGACCAGUAUUGCAAACUACAACCAAAUGAGAAUAUUCUGUACACUUACAUGACAAUGUCAAUCAAAAUGUUGUAUUAUUAUCUUUGUAGUUUUGAUACAGCUCUUAUACUGUAUUGGAUCUCAUUAGAUAUAUACUGUAUAAUAAAGUGUCUUUUUUUUCUGUGACAAAUCUCUGAGUCUUAUAUUGGCAGCUCUCUGCUGGCAGGUGCUAUAACAUUAUUAUUAUUAUUAUUUUUAGACACAGCUGUUCAUCAAAUAUUAAUGUCUGAUGGUGAUUGGGGAGAAUUUAGAGUUUAUUUGUUUAGGGUUUUUUUUUUCCUUAAUGUUCAGGAUAUGUUUUACACACUUUACUUUCCAUAAA